AUGCACAAAUCUAUGUGAGAUUCCGACAAAACUCUUUCUGAUGUCUGAUUCCGUCAAAACGACGGUGGAUCCGCUUCUGAGAGAUUUGGAUGGGAAGAAAGAGAGUUUCCGGCGGAACGUGGUGUCUAUGGCAGCUGAGCUAAAGCAAGAAGCAGAGACGAAAGCUAAGAAGAUGGAAAUGGAGAUCUGUAAAUUGCAGAAGAAAUUGGAAGACAGAGAUUGUCAGCUUGAAGCUUCAACUUCUGCUGCUGAAAAGUUUCUAGAAGACGUGGACGACCUGAGACUGCAGCUAGCUGUAACAAAGGAAGUUGCAGAAACAAGCGCUGCUUCUGCUCAAUCCGCACAGCUUCAAUGCUCAAUGCUAACAGAACAACUCGACGACAAAACACGUUCUCUAAGAGAACACGAAGACCGUGUAACUCAGCUCGGCCACCAGCUUGAUAAUCUGCAGAGAGAUCUAAGGACGAGAGAGUGUUCUCAGAAACAGCUGAGAGACGAAGUUAUGAGAAUCGAGCGUGAGAUAACCGAAGCUGUUGCAAAGUCAGGGAGAGACAGAGAAUGUGAGCUCCGGAAACUUUUGGAAGAGGUUUCUCCGAAGAACUUUGAGAGAAUGAACAGGCUAUUGGCGGUAAAAGACGAAGAGAUUGCGAAACUGAAAGAUGAUAUAAGGUUAAUGUCAGCUCACUGGAAACUCAAAACCAAAGAACUUGAAUCACAGCUGGAGAAACAAAGAAGAACAGAUCAAGAGUUGAAGAAGAAGGUGCUGAAACUGGAGUUUUGCCUGCAAGAAGCUCGUAGCCAGACAAGAAAGCUACAGAGGCUUUUCUUGAUCUAUAUGAGAAACAGAAUGGUUUAUUCUAUGUUUGAUGAACGGAAACGCAGAUGGGGGAGAGGCGAGACAAGGCGA